UUGGGGGCCGCUAUGUCCCGAUUGUUUAUUCCCGUUUUGCUGAUGUUGUUGCCCCGGAUUUUGCCCACCAUCAUCCGGUACGUUCUGCUGGUCUGGCGGCUUACCUUCGACAAACGGGUGAACAUUAUCAUCCGUUCGCUGGUGCCCCUGGGCCUGGUGUACCUGCUGUGGCCUUUUGACCUGAUCAAGGAUAACAUCCCCAUCAUCGGGCGGUUGGACGACGUGAUAAUCCUGGGGAUGUCGGUGCUGUUCCUGGUGAAGCUGGCGCCGCAGCACGUAGUGGACGAACACCUGGGUCGGGCGGCACCCUCGGAUCGACCCGAGGACAAGGACCCGUCGCAGGUGGUGGACGGCAAGGCCCGCUUUGUUGACGACGACCCUAGUUCCUGAUGGCUCGACAGGCUCACUAUGAGCGGGGUUCUGAAGACCGGAUGACAAGCGACGUGGCAGUCCUGCAGGACACGGGCAUUUCCCUUUACAUCCACGUUCCCUUCUGCCAGACCAAGUGUCCCUACUGCGACUUCAACACGUACCAGGGCAUCGAGGGCCUGAUGUCUCCCUUUUUGGAGGCGCUGGUGGCGGAGAUUGCCGCGUGGGGACGGUCACUGGGAGGACCGCCGGUGAACACGGUGUUUUUCGGCGGCGGGACACCCUCCUACCUGCCCGACGGGUCGCUGGGGGAAAUCAUGGCGGCGGUUGGCGGGAGUUUCCAGCUUCGGGACGACGCGGAGAUUACCGUGGAGGCCAACCCUGGGGACCUUACUCCGGCCAAGGCGGCAAGCCUGCUGGGGCAAGGGAUCAACCGGGUAAGCAUCGGUGUGCAGUCACUGGACAACGACCUGCUGAAUCUGCUGGGGCGCCGCCACGACGCCGACGGCGCCAUUGCCGCUUUCCGCACGGUCAGCGAGGCGGGGUUUGACAACGUCAACCUGGACCUGAUCUAUGGCCUGCCGCGACAGACGCUGGGACAGUGGCAGGACACGCUGCAACGACUGGCAGAACUGGAGCCGACGCAUAUUUCGCUGUACUGCCUGACGGUGGAGGAGGGUACGCCGCUGCACCGCUGGGUGGAGCAGGGGCAGGUGCCGCGCCCCGACGCGGACCUGGCAGCGGAUAUGUACCAGUACGCCCGGGAUAUUCUGGGAGAACGAGGCUACCACCACUACGAGAUAUCGAACUGGUCGAAGCCGGGGCUGCCGUCGCGGCACAACCUGGCCUACUGGCGGAACGUGCCCUACCUGGGAGUGGGCCCCGGAGCCCAUUCCUGCCUGGUGGGCUACCGGUUCUGGGACAUGGACUCGCCGCGGGGGUACAUCGCAGCGGCAAAUGAGUGGGCCGGCAAGGUGGGUUCGACGGUUGAUGCAAUAACGGGAGAGUGGCUGGAAUUGGUGGGGCCCGUGGGUGGGCAUGAGCCGAUAGAUGCUGACCUGGCGGCGGCGGAGACGAUGUUCCUGGGGCUGCGACUGCUGGACGGGCUGGACCUGGCCGAGGCGUCGGGACAGAUGGGAGUGAACCUGGGAGAGCGUUACCGGUCCCAGAUUGAUGAUCUGCUCAGGUUGGGGCUGCUGGAACAGGAGGAUACGGUAAUCCGGCUGCACCCUUCGGCCUACCUGAUUGCCAACCAGGUAUUCACCCGAUUCCUGGACUGA